UGGGAGAUAGGGUGAGUUGUUCGCCUUAGCCGCCUAUCUGUUAAUUUUCCCUGCAUUGCUCCUGUACGAAAUAGAAGGGAAGUCAUUACAAAGACUGAAAAAUGUGUUCACAACAAAAAUUCAAAAUCAACGAUGACGUUCAAUGUCACUGAAAAUUACGAACAAUGCAAUUGCCCAAUAAAAGCGUAGAAACUUAUCUAUGACAUACGGGUUCUGAAGGUUGAUAUGAAAGUUCAUUCGCAUUCAUUGUUUGGUUGUCUUCCGGCGGCCCGCUACACAGCGCUAAAAACUCGGUGACUUUUGGCGUCAUCAUAGAAGUCAUUUUUAUUCCAUCCGUCACAGUUCUUUCAUUGUGGAGUUGCUUUGUUCUUUGCCAUCUUUUGCCUCCUCCACCCCUCAAAGUCACUCCAUCAAAUACUACCAAAAGGCUCUCAAGACGGGACAUGGCAUGAUGGACCAUGAGGAAGACGGAGACGUCGCGAUCAAUCUCUCGACCAAUCAGGCGCCUAGGUCUGCUGACACACCCAAUGGAAAUGCCGAACCAGAAGACGGAGAACCCCAGGGCUCUAAGGCACAGGGAGGCAAGCGGUCCCGGCCGGCCAGCCACGGCGACAAGUCCGGCAGCAACGAAUCCAACAUCCCUCCUCUGUUGAUGAUGAACUCGUCGCUGUUGGCGCAGCAUCAGCUGCAACAGCUGCUGCAGCAACCGUCGCCCACGCAGCUGCAGCAGUUGCUGCAGCAGCAACAGUCCAUUUUUCUACAGCAACAGCAGCAGCAGCACCAACAGCAUCAACAGCUUAAGCAACUGGAGUCCGUGAUCCCUCAUAUCCAAGAACAGAUCAAUUUAAACAUCAUGCAGCAAAGUCAAAUCCUCCAUCAACUAAACGGACUCAAUAACGGACUUCCCGGACUAGGGUCCUCCGACAAGAAAGCCAACAGGCAGCAACUGCAGCUGCAGUUACAGCAACUAGCGCUACAACAGCAUCAGCUCAUGCAGCAACUGCAACUCAGCAAUAGACAGUACAUGAUCAACCUCCAACCAUUCAUGCUUCCACAAGGUCUGAACGCCAAUGAUGUGUGGAAGGAAGGCUCCGGUGACGAAGGAGGCUCGUCCUCCCUCAACGGUCUGAUGCAGCACGGAGGUUCUCCUUCGGGGGGACGGCCCCUCCUAAACGGCGGGAGCGCGCCUCAGCACGAAAGCUAUUCCGUCAGCCCAGUCAGUUCGUCCUCCUCUUCUCAACGCAGCCUUCCCCCUACCCCCAAGGAGGAGCAGAGGGGGCCCAGCCCCCCAAACCACGCUCUCUACGGACAUGGGGUGUGCCGGUGGCCCGGAUGUGAGACCGUUUGCGACGAUUUCAUUGCUUUCAAAAAGCACUUGAACUUGGAGCACCAACUGGACGACCGGAGUACGGCCCAAGCCAGGGUGCAGAUGCAAGUGGUGUCUCAACUGGAGCUGCAACUAUCCAAGGAAAAGGAGAGGCUACAAGCCAUGAUGCAGCAUCUGCACAUGAAGCCCUAUUCCACUGGUAACGGGACGGGCAACGGCAACAGCAUCGUCAACAAUAAUCACCGCAGCUCGCCUAUCAAGAUGGAAAACAAUCUGUCCUCCAGUUUAAAAUCGGGUCCUCCUAACUCCCCGCAAAUGAACCUCAACGUCAGUAACUCCCCUCCGGCCCUAUCUGCUGUGAUGACGACGAUGUCGAACGCGGGACCCCUCAUGGCUGCUGUGCCCCAAAGGCUAGGACCCCCACCACCCCUCCACCCACCUAAUCCGAACGCUGUCGGUCCCGUCAGAAGAAGACUGAGCGACAAGAGCUGCCCACCCCUGUCCGCUUUAGAUGUUCCCUCAUUACCUGACUCUCCUAUCAGGAGGCGAGUUGUGGAGAGAGCUAACCUCGACAUAACUGAAGAAAUUCAAAGGAAUAGAGAAUUUUACAGAAAUGCUGAUGUCAGGCCUCCAUUUACUUAUGCCUCCUUGAUAAGACAAGCCAUAAUUGAAGCACCUGAAAAGCAGCUCACUUUAAAUGAAAUUUAUAAUUGGUUUCAAAAUACAUUUUGCUACUUCAGAAGAAAUGCUGCAACAUGGAAGAAUGCAGUUCGACACAACCUAAGCCUUCACAAAUGUUUUAUGCGGGUCGAAAAUGUUAAAGGGGCAGUGUGGACUGUGGACGAACUCGAAUUCUACAAACGCCGUCCUCAGCGGCUUCAAGAACGCAUGUCAGGCAGUCUCCAAUUGCCAACUCAGGGCCUUGUCCCUCAAGGUAUACCACUCAUGCAUGGUCAAGGCCGGAUGGGUAGUCCACCUCUGAGGCAGAGUCCUGGGCUAUUUGGGGACUCUUUAAAUGCUUCUCUACAGGCUGCUUUAGCUGAAAGUAAUCUACCCUUCCUGAAUACCUCAAUGGUGAACAGUGGAGCAGCGUCCCAUACUCCUACGUCCACUCCUACUCCUGCUGCUACUCCUGACUGUGUGACAUCACAGUCUUGUGGUACGUCUGCACUCACGGAAGCAGAGCGCUACGUUGUAGAAAUGAUAGCACACGGCAUGAACAACACAUCUUCAAAUGGCCCCAAUAUCCACAUCAAACAAGAGCCUAUGUCAGAAGAACCCAGUCACAUGCAUUCUGAAAUGCGCCAUCAGAUGGAGGACAAUGAACGCCAUUCCGACGACAAUCCUGACCAUCAUGACGGUGUUGAUGAUGAUCAGGAGGAGGACAUGGAAGAAGCAGAGGACUUAUCGCUCUCCUCCUCCAUAACCUCUGAGCCACAGGCUGCUACAUGUCCUUAAGAAGUGUUUAAU